UUCGAAAGCACAUCAAAACUCAAGAGUUGUGUGGUUCUGGUGAUCUCUGCUUCAAGCUCAAGCUGUAAGUGGUGUGGUUUGUAUUCGGAAAAAGAUGAAUCUUGAUUUUGAUGACUCAAAGCGUAUGCACUCUGGAGUGAGAAAACAGGAGAGGGAUAACAUUCUUAGAAGUUUUACGAAGCGCGUGGAUGGUACGUUGGCUUUGUAUAAGAAUGUUCCUUUGAACAGAUUCUCACUCAAGUGUAUCGAUGAUGUUGGACCAGCUCCUGUCAUUGGUUGGAUAACCAAUGUGUUGAAACGUCGUGUAUCAGAACUUGUUCUGGAAAUCUCUUCGUGUUGGGAGUGGCCUAUGUCUGCAGCUAUUGUUAGAUGCGAUACAAUGGUUCAUGAAUUUUGGGAAUCUUGCUCUGUAUCAAGCACAAGCCUCAAGAGGCUAACGUUUCGUUUUAACCAAAUGUUCUUUGAGAAUCACAAGAGUGUGUCUUUUGACACUCCUAAUCUCCUAUACUUGGAGUAUUCUGAUGUUAUAGCGGACAAGUAUCCUAAAGCGAAUUUUGAUUCGCUUGUUGAAGCUCGUCUCGAUCUUCAAAUGAGGCAUGAUCAGAUCCAUGAGGCAAAAUUUUCUGAAGAUGAUUUGAUCAAGCAUGAAGGGUUGGUUGGUAAUGCAGCUGUUCUCUUUAUCGGAAUUUGCAACGUUGAGGUCCUUUACUUAUCUUACAACACUCUUGAGGUCAUGUUUCAGGGACUUCUCCACAGAGAUGGAAUGAAAUGUCAAAGUAGUGAUGAGUGCCUGUGCAAACCUUGGAAGAAGGAGGACAUUCCAACUUGUCUAUCAUCAAGUCCUGUGAAGGUCCUAACGAUAAUGAAGUUUGGAGAUAUCUAUGAAGAUGAGGACAUGGACAGAAUGAUGGAUCAAGUUAAGUACUUCCUUGAGACAAUGCCGAAUCUUGAAAAACUCAUAAUUGGUUAUGAAACCUCAAUUGACGAAGAUGUUGAGGAAGUUUUUAGCCAAUUUCAGAUGGUUCCUAUGGAAGGUUUAACCAACUGCAUGAUUCAAGUUAUCUCUGAUAACCUCGCCUUGUCAACUGUUUAAGUAUAUGUUUUCGUUUAUCUGUGAAAUAGAUUUCUCUUAUUUUGAAAGAACCUUUCUUGUUAUUCAAGUUGUUUAGGAUUCACUCAUGCCUCUUUUCACCAUCUCAAAGCCAUGAGUGUGUCUCGGCUUUAUCACACAGAGAAUAUCAGCAUCAAUA